GCCAGACUCCGCUUCCGCGUUUUGACUCCCACCUCGAGUCCUGAUGCUCGCUGUUUGCCCUCUGACUCGCACAUUCAGACGUUAUAUCGAUCGACGAGAAUGCGUGCCCGAUAAGGACUGUCACUUUGUCAAAUAUUUAACCUAGCAAUGCAGAAAGGAAGAUAAUCUAUAUUCGAGGACAUAUCGCCUUGUCUAAACAUUAUUUCGCCGGAACAGUUUUUGAAUAAGGUUCAAGUCUGCAGGCAGCCAUGGGAGGGCUGGUGAACGGGAGGAGAGGGGGUCGGUCUCCCCCUCUCAUGAUUGGAGCUCUGAUUGCCUGCAUCCUUGUCCUAGGUUUCAACUACUGGGUCUCCAGCUCUCGUAACCUGGAACUACAGACGAAGCUGUAUGAGCUGGAGAGCCAGGUGCGGAGGGGUGCGGCGGAGCGAGGAGCGGUGGAGGUGAAGAAGAAUGAGUUCCAGGAGGAGGUGCAGAGGCAGAAGGAGCAGAUCAGCCGCAUAGAGAACCUGUACAAAAGACAGCUGGAAGGAGCGCAGAACACCUGCACCCAGGAGCGGGGGCCCUUGCAGCUCAAUGUCUCCACCAGUACCAAGACGAUACAGGAUCUCAAGGUUCAACUGAACCAGCUGAACGACGACCUGGGCAAGGUGCAGAAACAGCUACAGAGUUGCCAUGGUGACCUAGACACUCUGAACAAGAAACUCACCUACGACAUGACGCAGUGUAACACUCAGAUCCUUGCCCAGAGGGAGGAAUGUGCUGAGAAGCUCGCAGCCGUCAAACAGGAAGCACAGAAGAAGAUAGCCAAGUCGAAGCCGGCCGUCUCCUCACAGGUGAACGUGGUUCCCACGGGGAAGGCCAGCACCUCAGGGAAAGUGGGCGUGGUCGACAAGGAGGAGCCAGGGAGGGCGGGGCUUGACGAUACUAAGACCACACCGGUCCUAGGCCACACCCCCGAGCUCCCCCCGCUCGAUGCCAUGGCUGGGGGACCAGAUGCUCCAGAGCUGCUGACCAAUGAGAUCCUAGUAGACACAGGUCUGGAGACUCCAGAUUUGACCCCUGUGAAAGAGCUGUCCAAGCCAGAGUUUAGUCCCUCAGUAGAGGGAAAGCAGCACCUAGACUCUCCUGUAGAGGGUGCUGUGGGGCCAGGGGAGGAGCCCACAGGUCACAUCCUGAAGAAGAACCAGGUGAAGGACGAUAAGGUGGAGGUCUUGGACACACACGGAGGGAUCCAGGCAGAAGGGGCUGGAGACAUCCUGAUUGGCCAGGACAAGGGUGAGGACACUCCUAUUGGUCAGAAGGUGGACAACCCUGAGGACUAUGACGCAGAUGAGCAGAUAGUGGGCGGAGUCGACCAAGAGAAACGGAACACACUGGCUGAGAAUAUAGAUAAGGAGAUGGAGGACGAGGAGGCCGACUACAAUGGCGACGACGAGAACGAGGGAGAGUUUGAGGCGGACAAGAUGGCCGAGCUCGCCCAGAUCUAAGGGUGAAGUGUGUGGAGAAGAUGCCUCCGUCCCCCCCCUGGACACACGCCCACAUACUCACACCUCCAGAAUCACCAACCGUCACAGAGUGCUUCUUCACAGCCAGCUCCUUGAACACUUCCAGCACAGUAGGACGCAGUCCAAACCAGGACUACUCUCUACAGCCCCCCCCCCCCCCCCCCCACACACACACACACUCCUGCUCCUAAAGGGACGGUAUCUCACAGGCUGCCUUAACCAGUCACUCCAGCCCUCCACAGCAAACACAGAGCUGGGGGACAAACAUGGACCUGGAGACUCUGAACUGUGGUAGAAACUGUGGGGAAGGAUUCACGGUUGUGUGUGUGUGUGUGUUAAUGAUAAAUCUGUCACUAGCUAGAGAAAGUGUGUUCUUAGGUGUAAAAGGAUUUAGACAGAUAGCUUAAUUUACGGUCGUCAUCCAUUACCUUGAGUGAUCUUCCUGACUCCAAACCAAGCCAUAAGGCCUAGUCCUACAAGUCACACUAAGAGCUUCUACCAUUUUUAAGAUCCCAUGACAACGGGAGUGAGAUGACCACCUUGCCCCCUGAUUGGCCUGUUGGUUUCCACCAUCUUCUUUUGAUCUGUCCAUUGGCCUAAAAUCUCCCAUGACGAGGAUGAGGUGUUAAGGGUUGGUUUGGGGUCGAAUGCCGUUUUUUUUUUUAAAACAAUGUAAGAUUCACUGUCAGAAGUGCAGAUAACUCAUCAUAAUAAUCCUGAUCAUCCAUUUAGCUCCUGAACUAUGUUAGUCAUAUCCUGCUUUAGACUCGGACCAUUAUUUCUCAAAUCUUUGGGAGUAACUUGGUUGUGUUUCACACUGUGUAAGACAACGCCGUUCAGUCUGAUUUAGCCUGAACCACGAUAGAUGAGCUGUAUAUACACUAUUUCCAGUAUCGUCUGAUAUGGCUGAGCCCUGCGAGGCCAGAAGGUUAAAGGUCGGGUGUCCGACUCGUAGAAGAAAGGUUUUUCUUCUUAACUUA